AUGACUCUCCAUACUCUACUCUCUCUCCCGUUCCCAUUCCGCUCUCUCUCUCUCUUUCACGUUCCGCUCUCUCUUUCCCGUUCCGCUCUCUCUCUCUCUCCCGUUCCCCUCUCUCUCUUUCCCGUCCCGUUCUUUCUCUCUCUCUCUUUCUCUCUCUCCCUCUCCCAUUCCGCUCUCUCUUUCCCGUUCCGCUCUCUCUCUCUCUCUCUUUUCCCGUUCCGCUGUUCCGCUCUCUCUCUCUCUAUUUCCCGUACCGCUCUCUCUCUCUCUUUCCCGUACCGCUCUCUCUCUCUCUCUCCCGGUUCCUCUCUCUCUCUCUCUCCCCAGUUCCCUCUUCUCUCUCUCUCUCUCUCCCGUUCCCAUUCCGCAUUCUCUCUCUCUCUCUCUCUCUCUCCCCAUUCCCAUUCCGCUCGCUCUCUCUCUUUUCCGUUCCUUUCUCUCUCUUUUCCCGUUCCUCUCUCUCUCUUUCCCAUUCCGCUCUUCCUCUCUCUCGCUCCCAUUCCCUACCUCUCUCUCUCUCUCUCUUUCCCGUUCCGCUCUCUCUCUCUUUCCCGUUCCGCUCUCUCUCUCCCGUUCCCAUUCCGCUCUCUCUCUCUCAUUCCCGUUCUGCUCUCUCUCUCUCUCUCCCGUUCCCGUUCCGCUCUCUCUCCCUCUCCCGUUCCCUCUGCUCUCUCUCUCUCUCUUCCCGUUCCGCUCUCUCUCUCUUUUCCUGUUCCGCUCUCUCUCUCUUUUCAUGUUCCGCUCUCUCUCUCUUUCACGUUCCGCUCUCUCUCUUUCACGUUACGUUCUCUCUCUCUCACUCUCUUUCACGUUCCGCUCUCUCUCUCUUUCCCGUUUCGCUCUCUCUCUCUCUCUUUCCUCUUUCGCUCUCUUUUUCCCGUUCCUCUCUCUCUCUCUCUCUUUCCUGUUCCGCUCUCUCCCUCUUUCCCGCCCCCUCUUUCCCGCCCCCUCUUUCCCCCCCUCUCUCUCUCUCCUUCUCCUUCUCCCUCUAGCGUUUCCUAUCCUCUCUCUCGCGCGCCGUUGUUUUCUUCAAUUGUUUUCACGCUUUCAUUCUUUUCACUCUUGGGAGUCUCUUUCCUUUUAUUCCUUACUGUACCCUUUCUUUCUGUCUGA